AUGUUGAGUUUGGCGAGACGUUCUGCCCAUAUCAAAGUGCCCCGCGGCCGGGCUGUUGCUGGAGCGACGGCUGUUCGUGUCUCACCGUUCCACUCUCCUAUCCGUCAGAAGAGCUAUGACACCAUGCCGAGCCCCGCAGACGAUGCUCCUGAGUUCGCAGUCGAUGACAGCGGCCUCGGAGCAGACCGCGACUGGACUAACUACGACGCCUUGCUACGCUUCUUGGGCUUGAAGGACUGGGACGGCCGAGUAGUGCAAUUCGACAAUGGAAUCGUGGGAUUGGAGACCGGAGGCGUGAUCAGGUCACUUGUGGAUGACUACGCUGCUUGGAGCGUCGGCGGUUUGACGGUGCCCUUGCAAUCCGGUGAUUACACUUCCGACAUCGACAAUGGGGCCAUUAUCGCGAUGUCGAAAAAUAGCGCAAAAUGGGAGAAACCGUACAUGAACGACGAAGAGAAGUAUGACUCUUUUGAUGAAGACGACAAGGAGCGUAAGGACCACGACAAGCCGGACAGUGGCCUGCGCAAGAAACAAAUCGAGCGCAAGGAGGAUGUUGAGUGGGAGAAGAAGACGUAG